UAUAAGCUGUGAUGUUGCUCAGUCGGGGCAGUUGCACAACAUCGGGCAGGUGCACCACAACGCACCUCCCGGCAGUGCUUGGGCAGGCGCGGCCGGCAUGGUCGCGUUACCUUGCUCACGCAAAAGCGGGCGCGGUCGGCAACCGGAGCUGCGUGGCUGCUGGCAGCGAAGUCUCCCAGCAGCCCACUGCUGAGUCGGCUCGUCUGGACGGUUCGGGUCCGCCGGGUCGCGGCCCCCCCGCGGGCUUCCACGCAGCCACUGGUGACGGCGGCAACGGCCCGAAUGGACCUAGUGGACCACGGCACCAGCAGGGCGGCUGGCUAAGCUGGGCCGGGGCGUGCAUCGUCACCUGCCUGACCUUCGGCAUACAGCACGUGUUCAAGCCCGUGGCUCUACUGGUGGCCAUUGUGUGGGCCGCAGAUGUGCUGGGCGGCCACCUGUCGGAGGGCCUGAUGGCGUUUGGCACUCAAGGUAGCCGUGUUGCGAGCCCUUCCACAUCGGCGUCUGGCAGCAGCAGCCGCUUCUUGCCGCCUUCCCGCCGUCGGAGCGGCGGGGAAAGCUGGAGCCUGGCGACCACUCUCGGUGCGGCCAUUGGUGGAGGCUUGACCGCCCUUGCCAUCACCGUGGGCUUGGGUCUGGCUUUCGGCGGGGGCGGCAAUGAGGUGUCGCGCAACAGGGACAGCCGCCGCCGCCGCAGCAUAAGUGGCGGUGAGAAUGGCCAGAUGUGCGGCGCGCUGCCCAGCGGUUAAGCACCCUGACAGCCAGAGUGGUGCGAGCACGACGUUACGGGGCGGACGGCAGGCAGGGACGGAGUUCAGUUUGUGCGGAUGCCUGGGGAUUUGGUGGCUCAAACAUGUCGCACAGACCGUGUCGAUUGUCAAGCUGUGCUAUGGCCUAAUGGCCUGUUGCUACAGAUAGAGGCCUUCGUCUGAUACGGGCUUGCGUGGUUGCUGUCACUCGGCAACGUGCCUGAUGGCGGCUAAUUGCUGGUUCACUUCCCUUUGUUCCUGAGAGGCCACGCAUGUGGUGCGCCAUGAUUGGAGUACAGGAGUUGCGGCGAUGGUGUAUGCCAGCAGACAGUGGCGGCGAUGGUUAGUCCGGGUGCAGCGACUGGUGCCGUCACCGCGUUUGCCGUGGUACCGUGUUGGAGUGUGUCCGUAGUGCCGUGUUGGAGAUUCGGUUGUCGACGUGCUUGAAAUAACGCAACAUGCACAAGCGAACAUGACGUUGUAGAGCCGAGGCCGUUGUAUCAUGGCAUCGAAGCUGCUUUGCCACCCGCUCUAGUGCUGCUGGUGGACGUAAGCGUUUGAGCGGCGGCAGCCCGGGGCCAGGGAUGGAAGGCACGGGCGCGACGGGUGUAUGUAGUAACUGGAUAGGAAGUGCAUGUGUUGCUAAAUAACCGAUGUCCACGUGCAGACUAGUCGCAGUACUCACACACGCACCCUUGGCGUCCAACUACUGGUCUUCCCUGACACGGGCCUCUUCCCAACGCCGCUAGUGAGCCGCAUUGGAACCGCACUUGUACCCACCAUAGCCAACCUCAUCCGUUACGUGUGGGCCGUCGUCGAUGAGCCCUCAACCGGAGAUGCAUUCAAUGUCAUCUUCGACACACGCUCCCCAACACGGGCGCCGUGGCAACCGGCAACUUUGCGCUUGUGAUUGCCAAGUUCACUAGCCACCUGUCUGCAGACGGCACGCUAGAGCUGUAAAUUAUUCUCCCACACACAGGUAAAAGUGGACAGCAUUGACCAGCCCAGCACCGAGCUGCACUCCUCCCUAUACCGCUACAGGGGCUACCUAGACCAGGUGCCUCUCAACUUCUUUGGGCGCCAGACCCUACGCGCCCCAGGCGACGACUCGUGCAUGUUCUGCCCCAGACCUCUGGAUGGCGUGUGGCGCGGGGCCCUAAACAACAAGGUUUUGUCCGGG